AUGACGACCCGAUCGCUUCCGGACAACAGCAGCUCUGCCUUCGACUACAUCAUCGUGGGCGGAGGCACCGCUGGCUGCGUGAUUGCGUCUCGACUCUCUUCCUAUCUGCCUGAGCGCCGUAUCCUCCUCGUCGAGGCCGGCCCCUCUGAUUUCAACCUCAACCAUGUCCUUAACCUGCGAGAGUGGCUGAGUCUGCUUGGCGGCGAGCUGGACUACGACUACGGCACGACAGAGCAGCCCAUGGGUAACAGCCAUAUCCGCCACUCUCGAGCCAAGGUCCUUGGAGGCUGCUCGUCUCACAAUACUCUCAUCUCUUUCCGCCCUUUCCGCCAUGAUAUGGAUCGUUGGGUUGCCCAGGGCUGCAAGGGCUGGACCUUUGAAAAUGUCACUCGACACGUUGACAAUCUGCGCAACACUUUCCAGCCAGUGCAUGCCCGCCACCGCAAUCAGUUGUGCAAGGACUGGGUUCAAGCCUGUUCCUCUGCUCUCGACAUUCCCGUUAUUCAUGACUUCAAUACUGAGAUCCGCGAGACGGGCCAGCUAACCCAGGGCGCCGGCUUCUUCAACGUUUCCUACAACCCGGAUAACGGCCGCCGAAGCAGCGCAUCCGUCGCUUACAUCCACCCCAUCCUUCGGGGAGAAGAGAGACGGCCAAAUCUGACAAUUUUGACCGAAGCUCAUGUCUCCAAAGUCUUGGUCGAAAACGAUGUCGCGAGCGGUAUUGCUCUUCACCUGGCAGGUGGUCAGAAGGUGGUACUCAAGCCCCGAAAAGAAAUCAUCCUUUGCGCUGGCGCUGUUGACACACCCCGUCUGAUGCUUCACUCUGGCCUUGGCCCGCGCUCACAGCUCGAAGAUCUUGGAAUUCCCGUUGUCAAGGAUAUUCCUGGAGUUGGCGAAAACUUGCUGGACCACCCAGAGACCAUCAUCAUGUGGGAGCUCAACAAGCCGGUUCCCCCCAACCAGACCACCAUGGAUUCUGAUGCCGGUGUCUUCAUCCGCCGAGAGCCAACCAACGCCGCGGGCAACGACGGAAACGCUGCCGACAUCAUGAUGCACUGCUACCAGAUUCCCUUCACCCUCAACACCGAGCGUCUGGGCUAUCGCAAAAUCCAGGACGGCUAUGCAUUCUGUAUGACUCCCAACAUCCCCCGACCGAGAUCUCGCGGCCGCAUCUACCUGACCUCUGCAGACCCUGCCGUCAAGCCUGCCCUGGAUUUCCGCUAUUUCACCGACCCCGAAGGCUACGACGCUGCCACCUUCGUUGCCGGCAUCAAGGCUGCCCGUAAAAUCGCUCAGCAAAGCCCCUUCAAAGAAUGGUUGAAGGAAGAGGUUGCUCCCGGCCCCAAGGUGCAGACGGACGAGCAGAUCAGCGAAUACGCUCGCCGCGCCGCUCAUACUGUCUACCACCCUGCAGGCACCACCAAGAUGGGCGAUGUAACCAAGGACGAGGCCGCAGUCGUGGACCACGAGCUAAAGGUUCGAGGGAUCAAGAAUCUGCGCAUUGCUGACGCUGGCGUCUUCCCCGAGAUGCCCUCCAUCAAUCCCAUGCUCACAGUGCUGGCCAUUGGCGAGCGAGCAGCUGAGCUGAUUGCUAUGGAAGAGGGCUGGAAGCCCAAGACUUCAAGACUAUAG